AUUAGCUCUUGAUCAGCCCCAUCUAACAAAACCCACCAUACAAUACCCACUGAUACCACUCGAGGUUUCGUCAUGGCUAAUGAGAACCCUGACGAUGUCAAAGAUCUCAGCUCCAGCAAAACCGCGGCUUUGCAGGCUUUACUUGGCUCAUUUCGCCAGGCAACUGGAGAAAACCAGUCGGCCCCAGGUCUCUCCCGAGACGAACUGCAAAAACUUUCCGCUAAGAUAGAAGAGAUACUGGAGGAUGGUCUGCUCCAAAAAGACGGGCAAGGAGAGCUUUUAAACAACGAGGAGCUUCCAAUCGUCGAAAUCACAGAACCAAUCUCACCAUUGUCCGAGUCCCAAGAUGGAUUACAUUUCACUCAAGAGCCAGACUUGAUCCCGUUACAGAUGCUCCAGCCCUCAGAAAGGGAGCGUCGCCGCCGCGAACGAGACCGCAUUUUCGACAUCUUAGAGGAGGAGGAACGAGCGCAACAACUCCGGGAGGAACACGGAGAAGCAGAAAGCCGAAAGGAGGAGAUACAAAGACGGAAAGAAGCCGCAAGAAUGGAGUAUGAACAUCUCAAGCAAAUGAAGGAACUGCAGCAGAAGUUGGGAAAAGCAUUAGUCGGAUCGACUUCUGGAUCCAGCAAAACAGAUCCCGAUUCGCAGCGCCAGACUGCCUCAGUUUCCAAGAAAAGUGUAACGUUUGCGGAGACCGUCACAUCAGACGUGAUUGCUACUGAAAAGCAAUCAUCCCAGGUUGACUGCGGGGAUAUUACAGCAGGCAGGCUGCGGUCGUCGUACCGUGUACCUCCUGUAAGUGCAGCUAGGACAGACCAGCAUGUCAUGAAAGUACAGGUGGUCGAGCGGCGUGGUGCGAACACAUCUGGAUCAACGUUGGGACGUGUCGUGGACUCUGACGACGAAUCCCCUACUCCAUCUGAGCACUCCUCUUCCCAACAAUGCGUCACAAGGUUAUGUAACAUUAAACAGCAGGAUCUAUCGACGAAUGAUACAAGCAGCGACGAGGCUCAAUCUUCGGACGAGGCACUAGAUGAACAUUUCGACUGGGACUCAGCUCAGCAUCAACGUGAAGUUGCUCUCGAAUAUUUUGCCAAACGACAUGUCAUUGGUACAGAUGUCCGUGCGUUGGCAACAGGCAAUGAUGACGAGGACGAAUCGGAGUGCGUCAGUGAGGGAGGUGGUUCCCAGCGUGUUCCAAUAUCACGCUUCAGGGCUGAUCGUAUGGCAGAAGCCUACAAUAAAACCCAUCCGCAGCUCUCCACCUCUCUGGGGUCAACUAUCGUUCCUGAGGCCCGUCGGAAGGCAAUUCGGAACUCGAUACGCAUGGGGAAAUUGGUGAAUGACGAACUAGCUGGUGGUCCCUCUGGUGACAGCGGGAGUGAAGAUGAGGAUGGCCUACUUCUCAAUCCUGUCUCUUCUUCAGUUGAUGAUCUUCCCUCAUUUCCUACUAAUGCUGGAGUACUUGCCUCAUGCGCCCGGCCACUAUCCACGGUCAGAGAACGCGCGCAGCUCCCUCAAAGACAGGGUUUGCAUUCGGGUUCCUCGGAAGGACCACCUACAGUCCUAUCUUCUGUACCCAAAGGAACAGCGGAACCCAAAUCCAGUGUCGCAGAUGGACGUGGAAUGGAAAAGAGGAAAUCCAGGUUUAUGGCCGAGAGACAUAAGUAGGGGAAUAAAUACUCACGUAAUACAUAUUUGCCAUCCUUCAGCAC